CUCAGCCAGCUUUACUGCUUGUUACGGAGGACAGGCUGAGGAUGAGACGAAGCGCCGUAAAGAUCAAUAUUCUCUUCCUCUCUGUUGCGUUUGCAGCUAUAUAAACGACACACGAUAAGAAAUAAAGACAGGAAAAUGCAAACUAUUAACAGUUAUGUGUUAAACGCGCGGUCUUUGACGGGUAAGGUGUAGAGACAUGACAGUUGUUUCUCCUCCCCCUGAAGCUAAGAAGCAGGAAGUCCUCCGUAUCAUCGUUACCUCAGCAAUAUAACGCCAGGUUAUGAAAAUCCUGGGAACCAUACUGGGAAAAGCGACCGGGCUCUUUACUGUCGUGACCGUUGUCAUUGCAGUAGUUUUAUAUUAUCUGGAAAACUCUGACCCGGUUACAUUCACCAGCAUGGCUGAGGACGUGAAGACUCUGGAGGACAACUUCAGGCAGCAGAAUAAAAGCUGUUUUGUCCUUGGUGCCUCCGGGGAAACAGGCAGGGUGCUACUUCAAGAGCUGCUGGAGCGCAACAUUUUCUCCAAGAUUACCCUCAUUGGAAGGAGACGGCUCACCUUUGAGGACAAAGCAUAUGAAAACGUGGUGCAGGAGGUAGUGGACUUUGAGAAGGAUGAUCAUGCUGCUGCGUCAGGCCAUGAUGUUGGUUACUGCUGCCUGGGAACAACCAAGGCCAAAGCAGGGACUGAGGGAUUCAUCCGUGUUGAUCAUGACUAUGUUCUGAAAUCAGCAGAGCUUGCCAAGGCAGGAGGCUGCACACAGUUUCACCUGGAGUCUUCCAAAGGAGCUGAUAAAACUAGCAGCUUCCUUUAUCUCAAAGUCAAGGGACAAGUGGAGGCAGAUAUUGAAGCCCUGGGUUUUGACAGAUUUUCCAUCUAUAGACCUGCGGUGCUGUUGGUGGACAGGCAGGAGAGUCGCCCUGCUGAGUGGCUGGCCAGGAAGGUCCUGGGUGGCUUCUCUUUCGUGAGUCCUACAGCUAUGUCCAUCCCCAUUCAGGCUGUGGCUAAGGCCAUGGUGUCCAACACUCUACUCCAGCCUGAGCAGAAGACAGAGAUCCUGGAGAACAAAGCCAUCUACACUCUGGGCAAGGGUGCAGGGAAAUAAGACAUGGUGCGGGAAAUACAGAGGCGUCAGGACAGACAGCUAGGAAGUCAGGGGAUAUAUAAAUUUGUUAUCCCUCAUGCAGUGAAAUAACUGCUUGGAUUUGACUGUCUCUGAAAUUUGAAUGGAUGAGGCCUUUUGGUCACUGUGCCCCGAUAUUUGAAAAUACACUUAUUGGCCAUUUUCAGUUUCUAGUUUGCAACCUUUGUGACAUGCUCUCUUUUUCUUCCAGUCUUUCCUGACCCUCUCUCUGUAUGCUAUCAAAAAACCAAAAAAGCAACAGAUAAUUUCUUUAACUUGUUUUUCACACAUGACUGCUGUAAUCUAUGCCUAAAUCUUUCAUUUUCAGCUAACAAUUGUAUACAUGUGCCUUUUAAUGAGUUUUGUAUAGGAAAUCACUUGACAACACACACAUUCCUGUGGUGAAGACACAGGGAGGAGUAGAGAUUUUGUCAAGUAAACUUCAUAGUGAGGCUAAAAGACACAUUUCUCACAUCACUUUGCUACAUCAGGCUUCCCUGAAAAAUAACUUUGUCCUUUUUUGACUUGUCCACCACUUGUUUUUGUUUUAUUUUCUUCUCAGGUUUUAUUUCAUCAGUUAUAUAAGGGAUGAUAAAUAUUGCAGAUAGUGACCAUGUAACAACAAAUUGCAUUUAUUACACAGAUUGUAAACAUGUACGGGUGUACUUGCAGUACAUUUGCUUCACGAUAAUGUGAACUGAUGCUGCACUGCAAAGAUGAGAAAUUAUGGUAAUUUUAUGAAAGAUUUUUAAUUGUUGCAUCAUUUUUGUAUCUAUGCAUUUUAGAUGUUCAGAAAACCAAGGGAUUUUUCUAUAGCAGCACCACACAACAGAUGUUUUUUACAGGAGAAUCAAAAUAUAUGUGCUUGUUAAGGUGUA